GCGAUUAUAUCCCUGUAAUCCCUCAUUCCCCUCCUGCCGUGGAAUGUUUUGCUAGUGGUGGGUUGGUCUGAUGCCAAGGCGUCAUCUCUCGAUUCAAAUCUGGCUCUGAUGAUAAUUCCGUGCCUUUUCAGGUAGUGUUCGGUGCCACGUCUCGGCCACUGCGAGGGAAGGGGAAAGCAAGAGGAGGAGGAGGAGUAGGGAGGAGAGAGGGAGGGGAGUCAGCUUAUGGAGCGGAGUCGCAUUGUAGAGCAAUGGAAGAUGAGUCUGCACCCUCGGGUGCGUCGGAGGCGGCGGCUUGACAGCGCCCCAGCAUGGUGAUUCGGCAGCAUGACAGAGCUCCGUCGUUGGAACAUUGCUGCGCCCUGCCACGCCCCAGAGUUGCGGCGAUUCCAUUGUCUGCGCAAGCCGGCGAGAGCUUUUCCCUGGAUGUCAUGGCAGGGAAUUAGGGUUGGCUAUGGCUCCAGCGAGGGGAAUGUAGUGUUGAGGUUAGGCAUUCGGGGAGAGUCCCCGGACGUGCAGUGCUUCGGUACAAGGAAUGCACGUUCGUUGCAAAGGGAAUUCGCGGGUGUGAGAUUAGGACAUUUGGGGAAUCGCCAUGAGGGCACCGGGUUGGGGAGAAUUUCCCGCAUGGGUCGUGUUUGUAUGGCCGGAGCAAGUUUCCCUGGACAUGAAUUCAGGUCCUGUCGAGCAGGUUGGAAGGGCUCCCGGAGACCUGUGGCAAGUGGUGCGAUUGGAGACGGUCUUAGAUCCUGGUUUCGUAAGUUCCUCUUUGAGACCAUUGAGACUUCGGAUAUGGACAUCGAUUCUGAUAUCGCCGAUGAGCUGGAAGUUCCCGAGGUGAAAGAGGACGGGGCGAUAGAAUUUGAAAGAAGGACAGAUGUGGCGCCUGAAGGGGACGAGGUGGACGCCAUGCUUGAGGACGACGCACGGUUCUUCAGGUGGAAGAUGAGGAAUGAGGUACGCAGUGAGCUUCGUGACCUUCAGGAUUCGGGACGUGAUCCAGAUGGCAAGGAUUGGGAGGAUUGGCUCGACGAUAGCUGGAAUCAGUAUCAGGAUAACCUGGCCGGAAGAGACGAUGGGUGGUACCAGGCAUCCUCCAAUUGGGAGAAGGAUGGGGUUCCAAGGGAUGCUCCUUCCAAGCCUGAGCGCGGGAUGAAGAGGACAAUAAAGGAGCUCUUCUUUCGAAUUUUUGAGCCUGAGGAGGAAGUAGUGGACGACCUCCAAUUUGAGGAGCGGGUUUUUAGGUUCACUUCUCGGACUACUGCUAAAUUUGUCGGAGUUCUUAUUAUUGUGCCGUGGAUCACAGAUUUUCUCGUUCACGAUUUUGUGUUGGUUCCAUUUUUAGAUACGUACGUGGAAAAAGUUCCACUAGCUGCCCAGGUUUUCGAUGUGAGGGAAUCUCAGAAACUGAAAAUGAUUGAGUCAAUCAAGUUAGAACGUCAGCGUCUUCGGUUUGAGGCUGAGAUUGGCAAAGCACCUCCUCUUUCCGAUGACGAGCUGUCCGAGCACAUUCGCGAGGAAGCGUUAGAACUUCGAGAGGAAUAUAGACGGGAGAAUAGGCAGGCUUUCGCCUCCAUCUGGUCGGACUUUGCUGCAGGGUUGACCAUCUUGCUGUUGUUAAUACUCAACCCUAAACAGGUUGCAAUUAUGCAGUUGACAGGUGAACGGUUGUUCACGAACAUCUCAGAUACUGGGAAGGCUUUUAUUAUAAUUCUUCUCACAGAUAUAUUUCUUGGGUAUCAUUCAGAAUCGGGUUGGGAGACUGUGUCUGAGAUGGUUUUAGAACAUUACGGAUUUGAAGUUUCUCAAGCGGCCAUUUACACAUUUGUAGCCAUUGUUCCUGUCACAAUCGAUGCAUGCUUCAAGCUUUGGGUAUUCAAAUUCUUCAGAAAUCUUUCUCCUUCCGCAAGUGCAACAUUUCGGGAGAUGCAACGGCAUUGAAGUAUUUGUACUUUAUGAAAACAUCAAAUCUUUUUUCGUUACAUUUGCCCUGGUCUCUGUAGCUGCGCUGAUGACCAGCAAGAGGGCACUAGAAAAUGAGUUUCUUGAUCCUUGGUUCCUAUUUAGAAGUCCUUCAGGAACUGAGGAUGGGUGGGAGGCAAUCGUUAUAGGACAUUUAACUUAUUGUCAACCUAGACGUCUGAUGUCUUGGUUUAUCGGGUUUCAAGACUCAAAGAAACACAGCUUUGGUGUCUAUUGAGACACUGCAGGUGUGCUCACGAGCGUCUGAGUUGCAUAUUCUCUCAAUGAAGGAUUUUUUGUCUGUUGAAGAUAUAUUUUGCGUGUCCUGUUGAAGGAUGAAUCUGUCAGAGAUUCUUUGUAUCAUAUUUUCUGAUGUUUUCAAAUAAAAAUGGUGCAGAUUUUGCACAUCUGUUCUUUUUA